AUGGAGGCGGUAGCCAUACAUUCAUUCAAACCCACUGAACCAGACGAAUUGGGCUUCGAGAAAGGUAGUAUAUUACACAUUGUCGAAAUGGAAGAAGAUCCAAAUUGGUACAAAGCAAGACAAAAUAAUCGCGAGGGUAUGGUCCCAGCCAACUACAUCACUCUAUAUCCACACCCGUGGUACGUACCGAAAUGCAGUCGUCGUGAGGCAGAAGUUCGGUUACUCGAAGUUGACCCUCAAACAAAGUGUGAUGUGCAACCAGACGGUGCGUUUAUACUAAGACAAAGUGAAAAUGACCUCGGACAGUUCAGUAUAUCAGUCAACGUUCAAGCCUCACCGAAUCCUCCUCUACCAAUUCAAGCUCUUCUUCGUCCCCGAUACCCUGUCAAACUAGCCACAUUUAAUGUGCGUACUCUGAGGCCUUUAGGACAACAGAUAAAUCUAGCUCCUAUUCUCGAGACUUAA